CGAUUAGUCUCUCUCUCCCUGAAACUGAAACUCAAAGAGAUCAGCUUCUUUCUCGGCGACCAUGCUUUCAGGGGACAUACCGCCAAACCAGACCGUAUACAUUAAGAAUCUCAACGAGAAAAUCAAGAAACAAGAAUUGAAAAGGUCCCUCUAUUGCUUAUUCUCUCAGUAUGGAAAGAUUUUGGAUGUUGUUGCCUUGAAGACACCCAAGCUUCGAGGGCAAGCAUGGGUUGCAUUUCUUGAAGUUACAUCUGCCAGCAAUGCUGUGCGGCAGAUGCAGAAUUUUCCGUUCUAUGAUAAACCCAUGAGGAUUCAGUAUGCUAAAACAAAGUCAGAUUGCAUCGCCAAAGAAGAUGGAAGCUUUGUUCCAAGAGAUAAGAAAAGGAAGCAAGAAGAAAGAGUGGCUGAUAGAAAGCGGCGAACUGAAGAAGGGUCACAAUCUGCUCAAGCAAAUGGUGGAGCUACUGAAAAUGGAGGCAGAACUCAGACCUCAUACCGCAACGGUAAUCCAAAUGCAAAUGAAACAGCCGAUCCUAACAACAUCCUGUUCGUAGAGAACCUGCCACAUGUAAUGCCUAAUGGAAUGCUGGAUUUACUCUUCAACCAAUACCCAGGAUUUAGAGAAGUUCGAAUAAUUGAUGCCAAGCCAGGCAUUGCCUUUGUAGAAUUCGAAGAUGAUGUACAGUCAUCCAUGGCCAUGCAGGCCCUCCAAGGCUUCAAAAUCACCCCUCAAAACCCCAUUUGCAUCAGUUUUGCCAAGAAGUAACCAAUAACCCGCGUUCCUACGUGAAAAAAAUAACUCUUCCUGUUUCCUGUUGUGAAGUUCUGUUUAAGUUUAUGAUUCGUUGAAGACUGAAUAGCAUUGAUAUGAUGUAAUCUGAAGACAAUUUUCUGA